AUGGCAAACGAUUUGGAGAGCAGCGAGGAGUGGGCUAAUGUUGAGACCGAAGAUGACCAGCAAGUCGUCCAGGACGACGCCGGGAACUGGAGCAAGUCAAACGAGACACUACUUGAAGAAAAUUUGCGGAUUUUAGUAUCAAGAGGAGGCGGGGCUGAGCAGGCAAUUAGAAGAACACCCACAGCUCUUGGGUUAAAGAGGAGAGAUGGAGGUGGAGACGGAAAUACAUAUCGCUUCCUCAAAAAAUUGGCCGUCCCCAGAUUACUUACAGCAACAAGACCCACCCUCACACAAGAAAUCAUAUACAACCAUGGAGGAAAUAUGACCGUGGAUAACCGGAAAACGCAUGUAUCGCAUCAUACAAUGGUCAAGGUUGUCUCCUCGCCGCUUUCAUACCAAUCCUUGGACAAAUUCAUGAUACUACCCACCCUCUCCAUGCACCCCGCAACAUCAGUCGAAACGCCCAAUAUUAGACCAACAUAA